CACAUGAAAAUAAAAGAAGUGAAGAGGGGGUGAUGGAAGAGGAAGAGCCACUGCUUGAAGACAACAUGGAGGAAGAGGCGGCGCUAAAUCGCAAGGCUUUCGUUGGAGAGGUGAAAGAGGUGAAUCGCAUAGCUCUGCCCAUGAUUGUGGUCACAGUUUCGCAGUAUCUCUUGCGCACUUCUCCAAUGCUAAUGCUCGGACAUCUUGGGGAGCUCCCUCUCUCCAGUGCCUCCAUUGCCACUUCUCUUUGCAACGUCACCGGCUACAGUGUUCUUUUUGGAAUGUCCAGCGCGUUGGAGACACUGUGCGGGCAGGCAUACGGUGCAGGACACUAUAAAAAACUAUCGACUUUUACUUACGUUGCCAUUCUAUGUCUCUUCCUGGUCUGUAUCCCUGUUUCUAUACUAUGGUUAUUCACGGAAAGAUUGCUGAAAUUGAUAGGCCAAGACCCUUCAAUCGCCGCCCAGGCCGGAAACUACGCUAUUUGGCUCAUUCCCACUCUCUUCCCUUACGCCAUUCUCCAGUCUCUGGUUCGCUAUCUGCAGACCCAGAGCUUAAUUCUUCCCAUGCUAUGGACUGCCGUUGCGGCUCUGUGUCUCCAGCUACCAAUUUGUUGGGCUUUUAUCUUCAAACUGAAUUUAGGGAACGCAGGAGCCGCAUUAUCCAUUGGUGUUUCGUAUUGGGUUAAUGUGAUUUUGAUUCUGGUUUAUGUCAAGUACUCGUCGACCUGUAAAAAGAGUCGUGCCACUCUUUCUUGGGAUGUUUUUGCAAGCAUGGGGGAGUUCUUUCGCUUUGCUCUCCCCUCUGCUGUAAUGGUCUGUUUGGAGUGGUGGGCAUUUGAGCUGAUUGUGCUGUUAUCUGGAAUCUUGCCAAAUCCAAAAUUGGAGACUUCUCUGCUAUCUAUAUGCCUUACUACCACUUCAGUCCACUACCACAUUCCUUACUCUUUUGGUGCUGCUGCAAGUGUUCGGGUUUCGAAUGCGCUCGGAGGUGGGAAGCCUCAGGCAGCAAGAGUUGCCCUCUUUGCUGUCCUGCUUCUCUCAGCUACAGAGUUUCUCCUUGCAAGUAUAGCCAUAUUUUGCUGUCGUUAUGUAUGGGGAUACAUGUUUACAUAUGAGCAAGAAGUCAUCACUUACGUAAAAGAGAUCACGCCUCUUCUCUGCCUCUCAAUCAUCUUGGAUGGCACUCAAGCAGUGCUAUCUGGGGUUGCUAGAGGGAGUGGAUGGCAGCACAUAGGGGCAUAUGUCAAUCUUGGUUCAUAUUACUUGUUUGGUAUCCCUCUGGCUCUGCUAUUUGGAUUUGUUUUGCACCUAAAAGGGGAGGGCCUGUGGGGUGGAUUGGUAGCCGGAGGAUUCCUGCAGUCCACUGUCUUCUCUCUUAUCACAGGCUUCACAGAUUGGGAAAAGCAGGCAGUAGAAGCAAGGCAAAGGAUUUUUGAUGAGAAAGUGCAGCCCUAGAAUGACUUCCUUGAAUAAAUGAGAGCUUUGUGCAGCCUGCAGUUGGGUUCUUGGUAUGGAUUAAGCAGUGUAUUAUAUAACAUUUUUGGUUCGUUGAAGUGAUUGGGACAGAUGAGUAUUAUAUUAUAUUGCGCGCCAGCCAGUAAUGCUUGUGGCCUAUUUUGUUUGGUUAAAAUUAAGAGUGUGCAAUAUUAACAUGUUUGAUUGUAAUUUCUAAAUGUUGAA